AUGGCGCGACCCCAGAUGGUUGAUAGAGGUUUAUCGCAAACCAAGAGCAGCCUUUGGUAUUCUGAGACGCAGGUAAAAACCGAAGAGCAGAUGAAUGGCCAUGUAAAUAAAAAUAGUGCUACGUUGCACUUCGUGGAAUUGGCAGCAUCGGGAAGACAGACGCAAUCAAAAUCUGUGGGUGACCGUUUCAAGGAGGGUGUAAACAUCAAUCUGUCACUGUCUGUUCUUCGUCGCGUUAUACGAACCUUAUCAGGGGUAAACCGUCGUGCUGAGCGCAUACCGUAUCGCGAUUCGAAACUGACCCUUAUCUUAAGGGACUCUCUGGGAGGUAAAAGUAGGACAGCUGUCAUCAUCAAUGAUACGAAGGAAAUGCGUUACGAAAAUGAGAUUCUGAAAAACGCCAUAAUGUCUGGAAGCAAAGCUGAGGCAGUACCGAGACACAGUAAUGCCAAAUACGAGACAUGUGAAUUUCCUGGAUUUCUCAAUUUUAUUCCAUCACAUCCUUGA